AUGCCUUCGAUAAUGAAAGCCGUAGAUAUAAAAAAUGGCAAGGGCCCCAUUAGCGCCCUCUUCAUCAACCCAGACACCCCCGUCCCCACGCCCAAAGAAGGCGACGCGCUCGUGCGCGUCAAAGCCUUCGGUCUGAACAGGAUGGACCUCCUCCAGCGCGAAGGCCAGUAUCCUCUUCCCCCGCAAGCCCCUUCCACCAUGGGCGUCGAGUUCUCGGGCACCAUCGUGUCGUUCGGCCCCUCCGGGCCACAAGGUGAUCUCAAAGAAGGUGACGCCGUCUUCGGUCUCGCGUACGGCGGGGCCUACGCCGAGUACCUGGCCGUGAGCGCCAAGAUGCUCCUGCACAAGCCCGACUUUUUGUCGUGGCAGCAGGCGGCAGGCAUCCCGGAGACGUGGAUCACGGCCACGCAGGCGCUGAUGCUGGUGGGCGAGUUUAGCAAGGGGAAGACCGUGCUGUGGCAUGCGGGCGCGAGUGGGGUCAGUAUCUCGGGGAUCCAGUUGAGUCUUGAUGCCGGGGCGAGUGCGGUGUAUGCCACGGCCGGGAGCGAUGAGAAGUGCGCAUUCAUUGAGAAGACAUUGGGGGCCACGAAGGCGGUGAAUUACCGGAAGAGUGAGGACUGGGACAAGCAGAUUCUUGAGGCGACGGGGGGAAAGGGCGUUGAUCUGAUUGUUGAUUUCAUCGGGGCGAGCUAUUUCCAGAGGAAUCUGAGUGUGGCGGCGAGGGAUGCGCGGUGGGUUGUGCUGGGCAUGAUGGGCGGGAUGAAGCUGCAGGAUGUCGACGUUGGAGCUCUGCUAUUCAAAAGAAUACGGAUAGAGGGGAGCACUUUGCGAAGUCGGGAUCCGGAGUACCAGGGUAAGUUGAGGGAUAGGUUAGCCGAGUAUAUCCCGCACUUUGAGACGGGGAAGCUCAAGAUCUUGAUCGAUACCGUGUUUUCCAUGGAGGAUAUUCAGAAGGCGCAUGAGCUGCUCGAGGCCAACAAGACGAUUGGCAAGAUCAUCUGUACGGUUCCCUAG